CAUUGUGGCUGCCUUCAUGCUGCUGUGUCCCCAGACUGGAGCCGGGCCGCUGGACGAUGGCGUUAACGGGGCUGCUGCUGCUGGAGUUGGCUCUGUACGCCAGCUGUUUCGUCUGUGGGAUUGUCACCGCCGCCUCCAUCACCAUAGUCCAGGGUAACUUUGGAGGUCGGUGUAUGCUUUAUGGACUUGUCAACUUCAACGCCACAGCGAGCCUCAUCGGAGUGCAGUCUUCCAGCUCUUCCUCUCUGUGUUAUUUUGUGUCGGCCAUAUCAAUCAUGGUGGCAGUGGUGUGUUUCUCACUGUCUCUGUACUGGCUGUACACGUUCUGCAUCGACGGGGAAGUCAAAAGGGAGCGCAUGUGGAUGAACCUGAUCGUGGCUGUGUGUGGCGCCUUCCUGUUCUUCCUGCUCAUCACAGGGUGCAUGUUGAAGAUCGGACGUGACUCGCUCUGCAACUCGGUCAUACACGCUGUUCCCAACAUUACCAGAUGUGAGGAGGCCCAGACCAGAAAAUGGGCCAGUCCAAUUAAAGGAGGAAAGUUCUACAACAGUCUAUUCAAAGCCGAGACGGCGGUGUGGGUCAACUUCUUCUCCUGGCUCAUCAUCGGGGGUCUGGUGUUCGUUCAGAGGCGUCAGAGCUCCGGGACGAAGCCCAUCGUAGGAGGGUUUGGUGGGCCUGCCGGAGGCCUUUUCGGUGACCCGGGAGUGACGGCUGCAGAGACGGAGCCAUUUUUCAACCGUCCUGCAAGGCCACAGUGAGGCUGCCACAGAUGAUUUACAAAAAACAAACAUGACAAUGUGGGAGUAGAUGUGGAAAAAAGGGUAAAUACAUUUGGUGUACACGUCCUUGUAUCCCAGUGAAUACACAUUUUUUGAGAUACUACAUGACAAUCACAGUAAUUUGUGAGUCAGCUUUGGGGGUUUUGCGAACACCAAUACAAAAUACACAGUGCCUCUCGACGAGGAUGGGAUUCGAACCCACGCGUGCAGAGCACAAUGGAUUAGCAGUCCAUCGCCUUAACCACUCGGCCACCUCGUCUGUUUUUAAGAGAUCAAUAAAACCAACAAGAGCGCAGAGCCUGUUGGGCCUGAUCCAAAGUUUGAACCUGUUACCCAUUUCCCAAAUUUACUCACUUUCCAAAGCCGCUAUAAACGACUGAUCACUGGAUCACACGUAUUUGUUCAUUCAGGAAGUGAUCGUGGUAUAUUUUGUUUACAUAACCAAGGAAAUUGAGAAUGUUUAUUGCAGGCAUUCAUUUGUUUUUAUUUCAUCAGUGUGCUCAAAUUUUUUAUUUUUGAUGCAACGGGAAGAUGCUCAUUCACUCAUUUGACAAGUUAUUAACUACAUGGUCCUCAAAAUUCCCAUUUUAUUUAACCCUUUGAAAAGGGUGCUGUUGUGAGUCUCUCCUCUGUGCCCACCAGUUUUAUUUCUGUAAGUUUAUUCUUUAUUUAUGAUGAAUUGUUCCAUUUGACGUUGAGGCCGACUGUCUCUUCUCUUCAUUUUGUCUUAAAAUAGUUGUCAUUGGAUCUCAAUCUGUGAACAGAACACUGCUUAAAGAAACACUCACCACAGUUUGAGACAACAGGAAUUACAUUAUAAUACAUUAUGUUAGAAAUGGAUUUUAACUUUUAGGUAUGACACAUGUGCUCCCAACCAACCCAACGUUUACAUCUAAUAUACAGUCUAGGUUCAGUCACAGGUGCUCAUCAAAUACUUCAAUCUGAUUAUGUGUUUGCUCUGUUGUACUUUUUGUGAGUUAAUGUACCUAUAAAGGCUGUAUGUCAAGAUAUCAACCCUUUGGUUUGUAGUGAUGCUUCUUGACACGUGUGUGCUACUUUUUAAACCAAUAAACCAAAGAGUUGAAACAUAA